AUGUCCGGCGAAUUUCAGCAGCAGCUGUUUUCGGUGGAUGGCUCAGUUCCCGAAGGGGCCCUUUGCGCCAUCAUCGGGCCGACCGACAGUGGCAAGAGCGCGCUGCUGGCCCUGCUUAGCGGGCGGCCGUGCAUGGGGCGUGUAGAGGGGAGAGCACUCUUCGAAGGACGGCUCAUUGAAGAACAACAGAUGCCCUCGAACACAGAUAGGCACUCUAUCGGCUUCGUACGGCAAGGCCACACUGGGUACUUGGCAGAGCUGUCGGUGUUCAACAAUAUGAUGUUCGCGGCCAUGUUGAGGACACCUGGUAGCCUCGAGGAUCAGGUCACCAAGGUGGAAACGGUGAUCGGAGAUACUGCCCUUGACGAAUGUCGGGACACGAGGGCGAGUUUCCUCGCAGCCGGAGAAAAACGCCGCCUGUCUCUAGCUGUGGAGCUGCUGUCUGAUAGGCGCAUCCUGCUGUUGGAUGGUGUCUUCUCGGGUCUCGAUACCAAUGAGUCCAUGGUGCUGAUGGAAGUACUCAAACGGCUGUCCAGAAACAAGGUAACGCGAUGUCGUCGUUCUAGCAUGUGGGAGGAGGUGUUUCAGCCACCCCUAGCGCCCUAA